AGCGCUCAAAUCACCAGCAUCUCUAGACUUUCAGUCAAAUUAAGCUUAUAAAAAAUGGCAUUCAAGUUUGUGGCCCUCCUCGCCCUGAUCGCCGCCGCCAGCGCGGGUGUCCUGCCCGCCGGCCAGUUGUACCAUGCUGCUCCGGUUGCCACCUAUGCGGCACCAGCUCCCGCUGCCGUCCUGAAGACCGUCGCCCAACCGGUGCUGGCCAAGGCCGAUGAGGAGUACGAUCCCCAUCCGCAGUACAAGUACGCCUACGAUGUGCAGGACGCCAUCUCGGGCGACUCCAAGAGCCAGGUGGAGGAGCGCGACGGGGACGUGGUACGCGGAGAGUACUCCCUGGUCGAUUCCGAUGGCUUCAAGCGCACGGUGCAGUACACUGCCGAUCCAAUCAAUGGAUUCAAUGCCGUGGUCAAUCGCGAACCGCUGGUGAAGACCGUGGUCAAGACCGUGGCUCCAGUGGCGCCCGUCUACGCCGCCUAUCACCACUAAGCCCGGCCAGUUUGGAGCACAUUUUUGUUGACUUAGUUGUAGGGUUGCAUUCGCAAAUAUAUAAAUAUGACUUUUUUAUAUAUAUAAAAUUGAAUAAUUAUCGGAUUUCACUU